AUGAGAGGAAGCAGCAGGACUGGGCCUUAUGGCAGCUGGCCAGUGUCAAUGGCUUACGAGAAAUUAAGUAAAGGGGCACAACAACAUUACAUUAAAACACUCAGAUGGAAGGAUACAAUGGAGAAAUUGGAGCAAUAUCCUUUCAAGGUGGAGGUCCUUCUCAAGUUUGGAACUGAUUUAACUAGUUUGGCAAAAAUGGGGAAGUUGGACCCGAUGAUUGGAAGAGAAGUGGAGCUUGAACGGCUCACGCAGGUUUUGUGCAAGAGAAGGAAGAACAAUGCUUGCCUGCUUGGUGAUGCCGGUGUUGGCAAAACAGCCGUUGUCGAAGGACUCGCCACCAAGAUAGCAAACGGAUCUCUCCCACCUAAAAUGGCCCGAAAGAAGGUUUUUGCAAUUGACAUGGCACGCCUCAUUGCCGGAGCUUCCAACCGCGGAGAGUUUGAGGAGAGGCUGAUACAAAUUGUUGAUGAAGUUGUUAAAAGUGAAGGCUCCAUCAUUCUUUUCAUAGACGAGUUGCAUACUCUUGUCGGUGCUGGAGGUGGUGGUAACUCUCUUGAUGCUGCUAAUAUUCUCAAACCAGCCCUUGCCAGAGGCCAAUUGAAGUGCAUUGGUGCUACCACUUUGGAAGAAUAUAGAAAGUACAUCGAGAAAGAUCCGGCCCUCAAACGUCGGUUUCAGCCUAUUGAUGUUCCGGAACCACCUGCCGUGCAAGCACUGGAGAUACUAAAAGGAGUGCAGGCAAAAUACGCGAUAUUUCAUGGUGUUGGAUACACAGACACGGCCCUCACUUGUGCAGUUGACCUAUCCAAGGAGUACAUUGGUGAACGUUACCUGCCCGACAAGGCAAUUGAUUUGAUUGAUGAGGCCGGUGCAAGAGUCCAGCUAAGAGGCCAAUCAUCAUCUGUAGUAACAGAACACGAAAUACGUCAAGUGAUAUCCAUGUGGACGGGCAUCCCUCUGGAGAAAAUAUCCACCGACGAAUCCCACCGCCUCUUAGGCCUCGAAAAAGUUUUCAGGAAACGGCUGAUUGGGCAGGACGAGGCCGUGUCGUCCGUGUGCCGGGCCCUGCGACGAUCCCGGGUCGGGCUUAGGGACAUGGACCAGCCCAUUGCCAGCUUUCUGUUCGUGGGCCCCACGGGCGUCGGUAAAACGGAGCUUGCCAAGCUGCUGGCUGAGGAGUACUUUGGAUCCAAAGAGGCCAUGGUGAGGCUGGACAUGUCUGAGUAUGCCGAGAGCCACGUGGCGGCCAGGCUCGUGGGGUCCCCGCCGGGCUAUGUGGGCCACGACGAAGGCGGCCAGCUCACGGAGGCUGUUCGCAGGAGGCCCCACACUGUGGUUCUGUUUGACGAGAUAGAGAAGGCCAACUCGCGGGCCCAUGACAUGCUGCUUCAGAUUCUGGACGACGGGAGGUUGACAGAUGGCAAGGGCCGAACGGUUGAUUUUAGGCAUGCGGUCGUCAUAUUCACGUCCAACAUAGGUGGGCGAGUAACGGGUGAUCACGAUGAGGUGAGGGAGGAAGUUGUGGCUCAACUGAAGAAGUUUUUCAAGCCGGAACUGCUCAACAGGCUGGACGAUAUAAUCGUGUUUAAGAGGCUAGAGAAAAAGGAUAUGAGGGAGAUUUUGGAGAUUAUGCUGCUCGAUUUUUACACGAGGGUGGAGAAAAAGGGGAUAAAUGUAGAGGUGACUAACGGAUUGAAGGAGAACCUGCUGUCUCAAGGAUUUAAUUCGAGCUAUGGAGCAAGGCCACUGAGGAGGGCCAUAGCAAGGCUCUUGGAGGAUAACCUGGCAGAUGGAAUUCUGAAUGGGAGUGUGAGAGAAGGUCAGAGAGUCAUAAUGGAUGUUGAUUCUAGUGGAGAUGUGUUGGUUUUCUGUUGA